AUGUCCGCGUCCGACUUCCCUCCCGAACUCUGGCCCGCAUUCUUCUCGAGUGCCCCGCUUGUCGACCUGCUUGCCGUCUCCAGCGCCAACCGGCGCUUCCGCGACCUCACCAAGCCCCUCCUCUCCCUCUCCGCUAUCACAGUCCAAUUCCGCCUACACCCAGUCCUCGCGAGCAUCACCUUCUCGCGCACAGUUACGACCCUGCGCCUCCGGGUCUUCAACUUCUUCGGUGUCGGCGAUGUCGCGUCGCUCGUCGUGUUCUUUCCGAGCCUGCAACGGCUCUACCUCCGGUUUGGUGGCGGUAAAACUGCGUAUGAGCCAGAAUGGCAAGCCCUGCUCGUCAGCCCCGCGUUCCCGCGGCUUGGGUUACGGCGCUUGUCGUACGACCUGCAGUCCCGCGGGACCCAACGCGUGCCGAGCGCCAUGCCGCAGCUCGGCGCGCUGCGUGAUGCAUAUUACGUGUGCUUCCCGGCGCUGCGCACACUGGCUCGGUGGCGCGGACUGCUUGGUGUCCCGGGCCGCAGGGCGGAUGGAGGACCGGUUGAAGCCCGCAACGGUGGCGACACCGGCAGGGCCCGAUGA